AUGGCGUCCAUUGCCACGUCAGCAGAGCGAGCCGUCGCUCUCCAGUCGCAUGGCCUUCGAUCCGCCGCUGCCGCUGAGUCCCUUUCCAGCAGCUCGUCGCAUGCAUUUUCCCCUCUUAGAGUAACCCCUCUGCGCGCUGCGCGUACCGGAUCGUCGUCUACGAGGUCCAAUGUCGCCACCGUGCGCGCUUCCUCCGACUCAGAGUAUCGCACGGGCGUGAAGCGCAACCACAACAUCGGCAAGCUACAGGCGGGCUACCUCUUCCCCGAGAUCGCGCGGCGGCGGCGCGCGCACCUGGAGAAGCACCCCGACGCGAAGAUCAUCAGCCUGGGCAUCGGCGACACCACGGAGCCCAUCCCUGACGUCAUCACCGCCGCCAUGGCCAAGAGGGCGCAAGGGCUGUCAACGCCAGCGGGUUACUCCGGAUAUGGCGCCGAGCAGGGCGAGCAGGCACUGCGCGCGGCGAUCUGUGCGACGUGGUACAGCAAGCUGGGCAUCACGGAGGACGAGGUGUUCGUGUCUGACGGCGCCAAGUGCGACAUUGCACGCCUGCAGAUGAUGUUCGGCGCUGAUGUCACCAUGGCCUGCCAAGACCCCUCCUAUCCGGCAUACGUGGACACGAGUGUGAUGAUGGGGCAGACGGGGCUGUACGUGCCAGAGACGCAGCAGUUUGGCGACGUGACGUACCUGCGCUGCACACCUGAGAACGACUUCUUUCCGGACCUCUCCUCUGCGCCUCGCACUGACAUCAUCUUCUUCUGCUCACCCAACAACCCUACUGGCCGGGCGGCAUCGCGGCAGCAGCUGCAGCAGCUGGUGGACUUUGCCCGCGCCAACGGGUCCAUCAUCGUGUAUGACUGUGCCUACGCCAUCUACAUUGAGGAUGACUCGCCCAAAUCCAUCUAUGAGAUCCCCGGCGCAGAUGAGGUGGCCAUUGAAACAGGUUCCUUCUCCAAGUACGCGGGCUUCACCGGGGUGCGUCUCGGCUGGUCCGUCGUCCCAGCAGCGCUGCGCUACGCAGACGGCCACCCAGUGCGCGCGGACUUCAACCGAGUCACCUGCACGUGCUUCAAUGGCGCCAGCAACGUCUCCCAGGCAGGAGGCCUCGCAUGCCUUUCCCCUGAGGGCCUCGAGGCCAUGGCAUCGCUGGUAUCAUUCUACAAGGAAAACGCAGCUAUCCUCAAGUCCACGUUCCAGUCGCUGGGCUUUGAGACGCACGGAGGGGACAACGCGCCGUACGUGUGGGUGCGCUUCCCUGGGCGUUCCUCCUGGGAUGUUUUUGCUGAGAUUCUGGAGAAGGCUGAUAUUGUCACCACGCCUGGGAGCGGGUUUGGGCCUGGCGGGGAGGGGUUCGUGCGUGCGAGUGCGUUUGGUAACCGUGCGAAUAUUGAGGAGGCAGCAAGGAGGAUCACGAAGCUGUACUCGUCAUAG